AUGCUGCGCCCAGCAUGUCACCACAUACGUCGUCGUCUUAUUCAUGGCCCCCGCCUGCGGACUCAUAGAAGCACGACGGCGGCAACAGGUCCAUCUCUUGUUACGCUCGCAAUUGAAACUUCAUGCGACGACACAGCCGUCGCCGUACUCUCUCGCUGCCGACGCACCGGUCGGGCCUCGCUGCUCUUCAAUGAGCGCAUCUCCUCGGACAACCGGCCGUUCAAGGGCGUCAACCCGGCCAUCGCCGUCCAGGGUCACAAUGCCUCGCUCGCACCACUGGUUCGCAGAGCCCUCGCCUUCCUCCCCGACGCCCGUGCUUGCGACGGCGGCAAUGAAGGCGGCAGAGUGCUUGCCGUGGGCGACGGCGAGUGCAGGACGAACAGGAAGAUGCCUGACUUCGUUUCCGUCACCCGAGGCCCCGGCAUCAUGGCGAACCUCGCCGUCGGACUCAACAUGGCCAAGGGUCUGGCCGUCGCCUGGGACGUGCCCCUCCUUGCCGUCCAUCACAUGCAGGCCCACGCCCUGACGCCGCGCCUCGUCCAUGCCCUGGGAGAGGAGACGGCGCGAGUGCGAACGGAAGGCGAAGCUGCUGCCGAAUCCGACGUUGAAGUCGACACGGGAGCCGGAGCCGAAACCUUGACCAGCUGUCCCGAAUUCCCCUUCCUCUCCCUCCUCGUUUCGGGUGGCCAUACGCAGCUCGUGCACUCGACCUCGCUCGUCCACCACCGCAUCCUCGCCAACACGGCCGACAUCGCCAUUGGCAACCUGCUCGACCAGACUGCCCGUGUCAUCCUUCCUGCCGACGUCCUCGAAGCCAGCCCCGACGUCAUGUACGGCCGCGUCCUCGAGGAAUUUGCCUUCCCGCCCGACCUCGGCGACGUGGGCGCCCAGCAUGCCGACUUCUUCCGCCCCGCCACCUCGCGCCACGACGAGAUGGUUGACGUGCCCUCUGGGUAUUCCUGGACGGUGCCGUUGCCCUUUCGCAACUCGCGAAAGCUGGUCUUCUCUUUUAGCAGCAUCUACACCAACGUCCACCGCAUCGCCGCUGCCAACCCGUCUAUGGAUCUCGCCGAGCGCCGCGCCCUCGCCCGCCACACUCUCCGCGCUGCCUUUCAGCACCUCGUCUCGCGCCUCGUGCUUGCCUUGACCGACGUCGCCCAGCCCGGCUCCUCCGUGCCUGCGGCAGCGCACGCACUCGUCGUCGCGGGAGGCGUCGCCUCAAACCGCUUUCUUAUGCACGUCCUGCGCAGCACCCUGGUCGCACGCGGCUUCCCUGACUUGCCCAUCCUCGCGCCGCCCGUCACACUGUGCACCGACAACGCCGCCAUGGUUGCCUGGACCGCCGUCGAGAUGUACGAUGCCGGCUGGGCGAGCGACCUGUCGGUGCGGCCCAUCGGCAAGUGGUCCAUGGAUCCGGCAGUGGGCGAGGGGAUACUGGGCGUGGAUGGGUGGCUGAAGCAAAAAGCUUCAUUUCCCUGA